AUGAACAAUCCAUGCCACCUACCGCAGGCUGCACGUCCUUUUCAUCUUUACAAAUACAAAUGCACGCAAGGUACAGCGCAGACCAACGCAGCACAUAGCGGAAGCAUCGAGCCUUCGCUUUGUUGCAGGACCAUGGCUCCGCGCGCAUUGCUCUACCCGGGCCUCCUCUGCCUCGCCGUGCUGGCCAGCGGCGCCGCCGCCGCGUCUCACUCGCAGUGCACCGACAACCCGCCGGACCUCACGGCCGGCGGCAACGAGACCGGCGCGGCCGUCGACGACCUGGCCGGCUUCAAGGCCUACGUCACCGGCGCCGCCCACUCCCACAGGGCCGUCGUCCUGGCCUCCGAUUUCUACGGAUUCGAAGCGCCAUUGUUGAGGAAAAUUGCCGACAAAGUCGGUGAAGCUGGAUACUAUGUUGUGGUGCCCGACUUCUUCAAUGGACAACCUUACACGGAAGGCGCAAACAGAACAGAAUGGUUCCUGGCUCACUCUCCGGUAAAAGCAGCUCAAGAUGCAAAACCCAUCUUCGCGGCAUUGAAGAAGGAAAAGAAGUCUUUUGUUGGAGUUGGGGGCUAUUGUUGGGGCGGGAAAUUCGCUGUGGAGGUGGCGAAAACAAACGAGGUGGAAGCAAUUGUCAUCUCCCAUCCUUCAGCAGUCACCACCGACGAUAUGAAAGUGAUCAAGUGCCCCAUUGAGAUUCUUGGAGCUCAGAAUGACGCUGUUACACCGCCAGCAUUAGUAGAUCAGCUUGUUGAGACCUUGCAUCAAAACAAUCAGAUUUACUAUGCAAAUAUCUUUCCAGAAGUUGCCCAUGGCUUUGCUUGCAGAUACAAUGUUACCAACCCUUUCGCCGUCAAGACCGCUGAACAAGCUCUUGGGUUAAUGCUCGGCUGGUUCCACAAAUACCUGAAAUGA